UCGAUUUUUAACUUCCGGUUUUGCCACAUCACGAUGGAGGCUCUCUUCAAUAUCCCAUUUCACGUUUUAGAAGUCCCAAAUUUGAAGUUAAAGAGGCCAGGAUGGGUGAAGCAACCGUCUGCAAUGGUCAUGUUUUCUAUGGUCCUGUUUUCAUAUUUUCUGGUCACUGGAGGAAUCAUAUAUGACGUUAUAGUUGAGCCUCCAAGUAUUGGAUCCACAACAGAUGAAAGAGGAAAUUCUAAACCAGUAGCCUUCAUGCCAUACAGAGUGAAUGGUCAAUACAUUAUGGAGGGGCUAGCCUCCAGUUUUCUUUUUACAAUUGGUGGUUUAGGAUUUGUCAUACUGGACAGGACGAAUCAUUCUAUGCCCCGGCUAAACAGAAUCCUGCUACUGUGUGUCGGAUUUAUUUCUAUUCUUAUCUCUUUCUUUAUGUGCAGAGUUUUUAUGAGGAUGAAAUUACCGGGAUACCUAAUGGCAUAAAGAGAGAUCUAUUGCUUCAUCGAAGACUUUCAUAUAUUUGAUUAGUUGUAAUUUUUGAAAAAUUAAAUCAUUAUUGAUAUUUUUCUAAAA